AUGGCAGCAUUCGGGGGUCAAACCCCCACGAUCAUCGUGCUGAAAGAAGGGACCGACGCCUCACAGGGAAAGGGUCAAAUUCUGUCAAACAUCUCCGCCUGCCUCGCCGUCCAAUCUACGAUUAAAUCCACGCUGGGCCCCUACGGCGGGGAUCUGUUACUCGUCGACCAAGGUGGGAAGCAGACGAUCACGAACGACGGUGCCACCGUCAUGCGACUACUGGACAUUGUACACCCCGCGGCGCGCAUCCUCACGGACAUCGCUAGGUCGCAGGACGCCGAGGUCGGCGAUGGUACGACUUCGGUGGUUGUCCUUGCUGGGGAGAUUCUCAAGGAGGUCAAAGAAUUGGUCGAGCAGGGCGUGAGUACCCAGACGAUUGUGAAGGGGCUGAGGCGCUCGAGCCAGAUGGCAAUCAACAAGAUCAAGGAGAUUGCCGUGAAUGUGGAUGACACCAAGGACAAGAGGGAGACGCUACGGAAGUUGGCGGCCACGGCGAUGAGCAGCAAGCUGAUUCAUCGCAAUGCCGGGUUUUUCACCAAGAUGGUUGUCGACGCAGUCCUCUCGCUCGACCAAGAAGACCUGAAUGAGAAACUCAUCGGAAUCAAGAAGAUCACGGGCGGUGCGCUGGAAGAUUCGCUAUUCGUCGAUGGGGUAGCGUUCAAAAAGACGUUCUCCUACGCUGGAUUCGAGCAACAGCCAAAGUCGUUCAAAAAUCCCAAGAUCGUCUGUCUAAACGUGGAACUGGAGUUAAAGGCAGAGAAAGACAACGCAGAGGUGCGGAUCGACCAGGUAUCCGAAUACCAAGCGAUUGUGGAUGCGGAGUGGCAGAUCAUCUAUGACAAGAUGGAGGCACUGUACAAGACGGGCGCCAAAGUGGUGCUCAGCAAACUGCCCAUUGGCGAUUUGGCGACACAGUACUUUGCAGACCGGGACAUUUUCUGCGCUGGUCGUGUGUCAAGCGAUGACCUGGAAAGGGUAUGCCAGGCCACCGGUGCAGUCACGCAGAGCACAUGCAGCGACAUUCUCCCUCAACAUCUCGGGACGUGUGGGCUGUUUGAAGAGCGGCAGAUUGGUGGCGAGCGGUAUAACCUGUUCAGUCAAUGCCCCGAAGCGAAAACCUGCACCUUGGUGCUGAGAGGUGGCGCCGAACAGUUCAUUGCCGAAGUUGAGCGAUCAUUACACGACGCCAUCAUGAUUGUCAAGCGCGCACUGACGAACCACACCAUUGUGGCCGGUGGUGGCGCCAUCGAAAUGGAGGUUUCAGGGUACCUCCACCGGUAUGCUGAUAAGAAUGUCCCACACAAGCAGCAGGCCGUCGUGAAAGCUUUCGCAAAGGCUCUCGAGGUCAUACCACGCCAAUUAUGCGACAAUGCCGGUUUCGACGCGACAGACAUCCUCAAUCGUCUGCGGGUGGAGCAUCGAAAGGGACACAUCUGGGCGGGCGUCGACUUUGAUCACGAAGGUGUGCGGAACAACAUGGAUGCGUUCGUGUGGGAACCGGCGCUUGUAAAGGUCAACGCCAUCUCUGCGGCCGUCGAGGCGGCGUGUCUGAUCCUGAGUGUCGACGAGACGAUCAAGAACGAGGAGAGUCAAGGUCCGCAGGCGCCGCCCAGGGGCUUGCCUCCAGGUGCCGCUCAGCGGGCCUUGAGGGGCAGAGGAAGGGGAAUGCCCAGACGGUGA